UGCAAAUGGAUCAGGCUGUGUUUGUUUGCUUCAUAUCCAGAGCAGCAGUGUGCUGUGUGGGAUUGUACAGGACUCCUAGCAAUAGUCUGGCUGCAUGAGUAAAAGAAUGAGCUGUGCUUCCCCCUGCUCAGAGUCCUCCAGUCCUCCUGGGUUAGAUCCUCUUUUGAUCAAGAAAGAGUUGGAGUUGCCUGCAGGAAGAAGAGUGGAUGAAGGAUCACAGGAAAGCAGCCCAGUUGGUCUUUUUAAUUGCUCUGUGAUACUGGACGUCAGCAGCAGGAUGGGCAAUGAGAACAGUAGUGCAGAAAAUCAGUCAGAAGUUCCCAAUGCAAAUCGAGUCAUCGUUAUGCCGCCAAGCCAAGGAGCACAGCAGAGUGCUCUGCAGGACUCAGAAUUAGGCCAACCGCUGGGUGAUGAGCAUGGCACAAAGAGGAGCCCCCAGGAAAGCAGCGAGGCAAGAGCUGGAGGUCGAGACAUCUCAGAUUGUCUUCCUGCUGCUGCACAGCCCAAUGGGAGCGAAUCUCCUCUGACUGCUGAGCCUGCAAGCAUCAGUGACGAAGGCUUCAAUAGCUCCAGCACUGAAGAUGUACCCGACCCAAACUCAAGCACGUUGCCUUCCAAGGGGACAGGACAGUGCAAUAUCAGGCAAGAAGAUGGAGGAGAUACAGGCUCUGAUGCCUUGCAGCAAGCUGCAGAAGCAAAGGAGAGAUGCCUGCCCCUCUCAGUGCCUGCAGAGGGCAGUUUGGAGGAUGUCACAGCAGAUCUUACAACAAGCAGUGAUGUGCCACCAGCCUCCAAUGAAGCAAUGAAUGACAAAGAGGAGAGAACAAGGCAUGGUGUUUCUGAGGGCAGAGGCCCUAAAUGUGACCCAGCUGCACCCGCUGCUCUGAGAAUUGGUGGGGAUGAUCCCAUGAAGCCCAGCGCUGCUGCAGAGCCUACAGAGGUGCAUGUGAAGGAGUUGAGGUCCCUGUGGCAGAGUGAGCAGCUGGGGGACACGGGGCAGCUGCAGGUCAGCACAUCCCUGCAGGGUGCAGGAGCAGGGGAUUAUUUGCCUGCCCAGAAGGCUGAACAGGAGCUGGGAUUUUGGGAAGUAGGUCAGGCACAAGCUGUAGUGCAGCAAGGUAGACGGAACACAGAUGGUAAAGAGGGUCUGCUAAUGAGAAAGGAAACCUUAAUCCCAAGUUACCCGGCGACAGGAGCAGCUGUAAGUGCUGAGAGUUCCAUAGCAAGGCCUGAGACCAGGGAGGUCUGCAGCCUGCAGGUGGGGGCUGUAGUAAGAGGGGAUGAGGCAACCCCAGCCCAAAGGCAAGGAGCACCAGCAGCAGCCUGCCCUUUAGUGCCAGAGCUGCCUUCUGACCCCCCAGAUCUCCUGGUACCAAAGCUGGAAGAACCUUUGAAGCAAUGUGUGCCUGGAAAUGACUACCAAGAUCCAAUGAGAAGUGAAAUGCUGGGAACAACCUCUGAGAAAGAUGAACCCCUUCCUCAAAGAGAGCUUCAAAAGGAGGAUGAGCUUCUUAGUGCUGAGCCUUCAUCACUGAAGCAAAGGGAAGAGCAAGAAUCAGCUGUCAUGACUAAAAGCCAAAAAGGCGAAGCCAGUAGCAAUGAAAUUGUCAAAGCUGAUGUGUCAGCGGGGAAGUCUGUGCUCUCUGAAACAGAGAGAGUUACCAGUCCCACCGAGGACCAUUCCCUGGAGGGUAACAGAUUACUGCUAGAAGAUUAUGCGUUAAGUGGUUCUUCAAGCAGAUCUACAGAGCUGAAUCAAAAGGGGGCUGAAUCAGUGAGCCUAACAGGAGAGCAGAACAAAACACGAGUGGACAGUGGGUUACCUGCAGGGUCAGAUGUGGCAGAAAGACAACUGCUGAGCUCCCUUGGCAUCAAUGAGGAUGCAAAAGAAAUCGACCUGGGACGCAGCCUUGAAGCACCCAGUCCUUGUGUUAAGGCUCCAGCAGGUGAGCUGAAGGAAGGAGCAGUGGGAAAGCCACUAAAUGUAGAGGGGGACUUGGGAUCCCCUGAAGACCACUCACAGUCUGUUGGCUGUGGGGCUGAACAGCAGCUGGGUGGAGAGAAAGCAGCCACCCUGAGUGCCCUGAAGAGCAGGGGCAACUCUGUGCUGUGCCCGAGGGCACAGUGCCCAUUGGGCUGUGCUUGCUGCCAUGCUAAGGACACAGCUCCAGGGCAGCCAGGCCGUCAUGGGGCUGAGGAGGUUUGUUCAGCUGGUGCACACAGUUCACUGCUCCUCCACCCUGAGAACAAUGGCGUUACGCUGAGUGGGCAGGGUGAAGCCUGGGAAAAGGCUCUUGCUGGAGAAGCUGUGUUAGGGAUUGACUGCCAAACGGGAGGUCAAGGAGAGCCCGAGAGCAGCAGGAAAGCGGGAGGAAGCAUGGAAACAUCCACAUCAAAUCCUGAACUUCAAGGCUUAAGUGAGGUGGCAGAGAUGGAGGGCUGUGCUGUGGAUGACCAGAAACACAAAGAUGGGUCUCCAAACUUUCAGCAGCCUUCAGAACUAACGGAUCCCAACAGUGCAUCAGAAAUGCCUCCAGACAUGAAUAAAGGAGCUCUGCUGGGUCCUGCAGUGUUCCAGUGCAGCUCCAGUACGGCAGAAGGAAAGGAGGAGGAUGAGACCAGUGCUGAGAUGUUCACUGCUGCACCCACCCUCCAACACCUGCAAAACAUUUCUGGUGUGACCGUGCUUAAUUUGCAGGAUUGCACUGAGCAAAACAAAACUGAUCUCGGGGCAGAGGAAAGCUGCUGCAGUAAGCAGAACUCCAACAAGCCCAAGCAGGGCAAUAAUUCUUUGAUCUCAGCCAUUCAGCGUGAGGAAGCACGUCAGAGUGAUACGGCUUCUAAAGAAUCUGACAAGAAUGAAGGGCCAGUCAGCAUCUGUGGGAUGAAAGGCAGCGCUGGGGAGAGCUGUGCUGUAGAUGCGCUUCCAGGAACGCAGGAUUCAGCAAGUGCCACUAACAUACAGCAGGCUUUGCCCAGCAAUCCUGAAAUAGAAUCUACUUCUGAUAGUGCUGGGAGAAAGGAUCCUCAAAUGGCCAGCCCUGGAGUUCAAGGGGAAACGUGGUUGGUGAAAGGCUUGGAAGAGAUGGAGGGUGUGAGCGCUGCUGGGGGCCUCACCCAGAGGUGUGGGAUCACAGAGAUGAGUGUGGAGGAUGAUGCUGGUGUUGAAGAAAUGAGCAACAUGGAAAGUGCCAAAGGUCUGGGGGCAGGAGGGCGUCCUGCACUGCCUCAGGCACACGGGGAAGUGAUUCCUGCUUGUGAGUCCCAUAAAUCCAGCUGCAUGCAACAGGCAUCAGAGGAGCCUGGUUUGCGUCAAGCCAAUUUUACAGCCCCCUCUACAUUGACCUCUGCAUUCCAUCAUCUCAGCCAGCAAGCUGGAAGCAAUGCUGAAAGUGAUACUGAGGGGGGAUCACUAAAUAACAAGCUGGAAGCUAUAGAGUGCCACAACAUCCAAAGUAAUACUCACACACAGAUUGCUGCAGGUCCUCAGGUGUCCGUGCACUCACCUGGAGUAGGCACAGGGAAAGCAGCAAAGGCAGAAAACGGCUCUGUAGGGGAUGUGGGUGGGGACGGAGGAGGGGUUCGAGGGCAGGGAGUUCAAAGUGAUGGAGACACAGAGACUUUAAAUGUGGGGCAGAGUGCUGGAAACUUAUCACAGUUUAACUCUGAGAAGCUGAAGAAAGAGCUAUCUGCAAUUAAAUGCAAAGAAACAAAAGGUGAUGUAAACUUCAAAGAGCAGCAGAGUGACAGCUCGGCAGAGCUUCUGCUCGCAGCCCCUGCUCUGGAAGGGAGGCUGCUGAGCCUUUCAUCUGCUGGUAAACAGGGAAGCUGUAAUGAGGAAAUUGCAACCCGUAUCUGUGCAGAUGACAAGUACGGUGAGAUCUUAGAGAAAGCUGGGAAUGCAGAGCUAGGGGAAGGGGUUUUAAAGGAGAAUAAGAACGGAAGGAGGGCAGAGAGCAGUGCUUGCAAGCAGCCUGCAGAGAGCCCUGCAAAGGAGCAUGAGGCCGUGCCGUGUCUCUCGCUGGGCUCCAGCCUGCCGGACUUCAGGGAGCACAUCAGCCAGAUAUUCAGGCAAUCAGUCCGCAGCACCCUGAGCGCUGAGUUACCCCAGCUGCCAGCAGAAAGCCAUGCAGGCUGCAUGCAGAGCCCGGCAGCCAAGGGCACACUACUGUGUGGUGCUGGGAACUUCUUGGGAUCAGCUGAGGUGGGAAUGGGGUCCAAGAGCUCCUUGCAGGCAGGAGGAUCAGAGCUGCCUUUAGCCCUGUGUGCAGCUCCUGGAUCUCUGAAGCAGGACACAGUGGUAGGGCUGCAAGCAGAGGGAGACAGGCAGCCUGGUCUGGGCUGCUCGGAGGGCUCUGCACAUGCUGCGUGUGUGCUGGAGAACCUGCAAAAGGCAAAUGCUGAGCGUCCAGAGAGCAGCGGGAUGGAAGGAGAGGCAGGGCUGUGUGCUGGAGGUGUGCAGCCUGUGUUGCUAAUGGGCUUAGAGGAGAAGAAGCACGAACCGACUGCAUCUGAUGGAGCAGCAGCUGAGAACUUCCAUUUGGAGGAGAAGCAAGAGCCGAGCACAGCCAGCAUCCCAACAGAGGAAGACUCAGAGGAUGCUGCUCCUACAGAGAGCUCAAUGACGGAGCACAGCACAGAGCCACAUGAGGAUGGUGUGAGCUGUCACAGUGAGCAGUGCCCAGGUCCUGAGCCAGGAGAAGAGAAUGGGUGCAGCGGUCUGGAUGCUGCUACGAGCAUCUCUGAUGUGGCAACUUCAGCUCCUGUCCCAGGAGGGUCUUACAGCUGUGAAAAACUACCAGACAGUGUUAGCAUGUCACCUGGGGAAAUUCAGGAGCCGGGAACCCACAGCAAUUUUACGCAUAACAUUGAGGUACAGAGUGACACACAGGUGAUGCUGAAUGAUCAAGGAAACGAGGAAUGCAUGGGAACAUCAGAAGGUCCACAACAAGAGGAGAGAGGAGCAGUACGUGAGUUAAUGGAUUACUUAAAAAAUGAAGCCAGCCAGGAUGGCUGCAUGCACACUGACUCCCAAGUAGGAUCCAGCGACGUGAUGGAGGGGGAUGUACAGGAGAGCAGUGACACAGUGCUGAGCUCAGCAGAGACAGGCACCGGGAAACCUGAAGCCAUUCCUGAGAUGGGCACUGAAAGAGCUGGGGACAGCUCUGAGACAGGCACAGCAAGGAUGCUGGUGACUAUUGAAGGCGGCUCGGUGUUAAGCAGCAGUACUGGGGAGCAGGAGGCAGAGCUGCAUGGAGACUGCUCCCCAGCCACUGCCGGGAUGGAGCAGGGAGAGCACUCCCCAUGUGCAGGCUUUGGUGCUGACAUCCAUCUGAGUGGGACAGACCUGGGGCAUGAAGGCUCGCUGCAGGACACCCAAAGGAUGCUGUCCCCGCUUGCAUUCCUGGAGCCUGAGACGCCGGACCUCGGUACACUCCAAGAUGUGGCUGUGGCAGGGCUGCUCACUGACAGCCCUCCUGGGCCAGGUGAUGAUAUACAGUUGGCUUCUGCCCUUGGUCCUCCUGAACAACCCCAAACUGUUUCUACGGCUUAUGGAAAUGUUGAGCCCACGGAUGCUGCUGAGCUGACUGCAGCAAGCAUUUCCAAGCCUGAGAGCUGUGAAGAAGCUGCUGGGCUCGUUUCUGGGGAUGUGCCGGUGGCUGCAGCCCCUGGUGGUGGAGUAGAACUGCCUCCUCAAGAAGCUGAAAGCGUCACAGAGGAGAUAAAGAGGAGCUCUGACUCAGAAGAAGCAUUUGAGACCCCUGAGUCCACUACACCAGUCAAGGCUCCUCCAUCACCUCCACAGCCACCACCCGACACAACAGCAGCCAUCGUAGUGGACAUAGCAGAGCAAGAAAUAAAGCCCCAGCUGCCCCCUGAAGACACAGGGUUACCUCCUGAAACUGCCCCUGAAACGAAUGUGUCACACAGUGAGUCAGUUGAAGAAAGCCCGUUCCGUCCCCCAUGCCAUUCUUUUUCCACCGUCUUCGAUGAGGACAAGCCAAUAGCCAGCAGUGGAACUUACAACUUGGACUUUGAUAACAUUGAGCUGGUUGAUUCUCUCCAUGCCUUAGGACCGAGCUCUCCAGAAUUGAAGAAUCGUGACCCCAAAGCGAAUGUUCGAAGAAAAUCUACCGAUUCAGUGCCAGUUUCCAAAUCUACAUUAUCUCGGUCUCUUAGCUUGCAGGCUAGUGAUUUUGAUGGAGCGUCCUAUCUUGGCAACAGUGAGACACUAGCGCCAGCAGCAGAUGCUUAUGGUACUGGUUCAAGCAGUGCUUCCAGUACCCUUAAGCGAACAAAGAAAUCAAGGCCUGCUUCCUUAAAAAAGAAGCAGCCAGCAAAAAAAUCUCUGGAUGCUCCUCCAGUGAAGGAAACACCACAAGAGCCUCCUGACCUUGGCCAAGCAGCUUCUGCAGGUGAGGAGAAACCUGCACCUGAAGCAAAAGCUGACUCAGUAAAACCAGAACAUACCGACCCUUCUAAAACCUCUGCUGAGAAACAGGAGGCCCCAGCUGUGCCUGAGGGAUCCUACCCUUUGGAUCCAGACAGUUUGGAAGGGAUUAGUGCUUUUAGCACUGGAGGCAGCAAAGUGCAAAACUCACCCCCUGCCAACAAGAAAACUCUACCUCUUACACCCGCCCCGGAGGCUGGGGAGGUGACUCCAUCGGACACUGGGGGACAAGAGGACCCUCCGGCCAAAGGCGUUGCGGUGAGGCUGGAAUUUGAUUAUUCAGAAGAAAAAGGGGUUGGUGAAGAGCAGCAGGAGAGCACUCCUCCUCCUAAAAAAGCUGGUAAAAAGCCUGGUGCUAAAAUGCCAUUACGGAGGCCAAAGACUAAAAAGCCAGUGGAAAAGCUUGACAAUGCUCCGACCACACCGACAAAGACACCCACUGAUCCAAACGAAAUCCCUAUCACGAAAGGAUCUUACACUUUUGAUAUUGAUAAGUGGGAUGAUCCCAAUUUUAACCCGUUCUCCUCUAGUACAAAAAUGCAAGAAUCUCCCAAACUGCCUCAACAAACGUACAGUUUUGAGCCAGACAUGUGCGAGGACUCUAUUGACCCUUUCAAAUCGUCUUCUAAGAUUGCCAACUCACCCACUAAAUCUCCAGCCUCCUUUGAGAUACCAGCCAGUGCCAAUGAAACAAAUGGAACUGAUGGAGACAACUUGAAUAAACCUGCAAAAAAGAAGAAGACGCCACUAAAGACGAUGGUAGAAGAUGUGAUGUCUGUAUGUUCUCUGUUUGAUACAUUUAGGGUGAAAAAAUCACCAAAAAGAUCUCCGCUAUCUGAUCCUCCUUCUCAGGAUCCCACCCCGCUGCCUACCCCAGAAACGCCUCCUGUCAUAUCCGCAGUGGUUCAUGCAACAGAUGAGGAGAAACUGGCAGUGACCAGCCAGAAAUGGACCUGCAUGACUGUGGACCUGAGCACGGACAAGCAGGAUUACCCACAGCCCUCCGAUCUGUCCACGUUUGUCAAUGAGACCAAGUUCAGCUCUCCUACAGAGGAAUUGGAAUAUGGCAACUCAUAUGAAAUAGAAUAUAUGGAGAAAAUAGGCUCCUCUGUGCCUCAGGAUGAUAGCACCCCGAAGAAACAGUCUUUAUACCUAAUGUUUGAUGCACAGCAAGAGAGCCCAGUCAAAUCGCCUCCCGUCAGACUGUCCGAUUCCACCACGCCGUGCUCAGGGUCAAGUUUUGAAGACCCCGAAGCCCAGCAGUCCUCUGGAAUGAAAAUACAACAUCCAGCUUCUCGAGUCCUCGCUGCCAGCCAAGAGGCACACUUACAGUCACCAGACAAGUCAAAACAGAAGGACUUAGAGCCCAUGACGCUAGGAACAACCCCAGAGACUAUUGAAAUAACAUCUCCUGAAGACUCCUUUGUCUCUGCUGAUGCUCUUCUCAACAGGAUAUCUAAGAAAACAUCAAUAUGUGAUCAACCUGAAUAUCUAGAUCCUGACUUAGCAGAAAAGAACCCCCCAGUAUUUGCUCAGAAACUUCAGAGAGAACCUGCUAUCCCAGCAGAUGUUUCCAUCUCUAAAAGCAUGCUGUACUCACGGAUCGGCGCUUCGGAUGCAGAAGGCACCACGAGUCUUCUCUACCCCCAACAAGACUUGGAUGCUGCACUACGACUUGCCAGAGCAGAGAUUGUGGCCAAGGAAAGAGAAGUAUCUGAGUGGAAAGAGAAAUAUGAAGAAAGCAGAAGGGAAGUGAUGGAAAUGAGGAAAAUAGUUUCAGAAUACGAGAAGACGAUUGCUCAGAUGAUAGAGGAUGAGCAGAGAGAGAAGUCUGUCUCCCAUCACACUGUUCAGCAGCUGAUCGUGGAGAAGGAGCAAGCGCUGGCAGAUCUGAACUCGGUGGAGAAAUCCCUGGCAGAUCUUUUCAGGAGAUAUGAGAAAAUGAAGGAGGUGUUGGAGGGGUUCCGAAAGAAUGAAGAAGUAUUAAAGAAAUGUGCACAAGAGUAUUUAUCACGAGUAAAGAAAGAAGAACAGAGGUAUCAAGCACUCAAAAUCCACGCUGAGGAAAAACUGGACAGAGCCAAUGCUGAAAUUGCACAAGUGAGAGGCAAGGCUCAGCAAGAGCAAGCGGCGUAUCAGGCCAGCCUUCGUAAAGAGCAGCUGAAGGUGGACGCAUUGGAAAGAACACUGGAGCAAAAGAAUAAAGAGAUAGAAGAGUUAACAAAGAUUUGUGACGAACUGAUUGCCAAAAUGGGGAAAAGCUAACUUUUAACCAAAUCUCUGGACUUCAACACUGAGUGCAAUAUGACCAUUGGCACACUGAUGUCCAUACGUUUAUGUGGACGGGUUAUAUUUUCACUUUUUCGUAUGCACUACUGUAUUUUCUUUCUAAAUAAAGUUGAUUUAAUUGUAAGCAGUACUAAGAUGACUAUCAGAAUUUCUUGCUAUCGUUUGCAUUUUCAUAGUAUAAUUCAUAGCAAGUUGAUCUCAGAAGUUCCUGUAUCAGGGAGAUUGUCAAGUUCUCUAAGGAAUUACCAAUUGCUGAUCCUAGCCUUCCCUUUGUACAUGAGUUCCCAUGUUGGAUGUCUUUUUGGAUUUAAUAUAAACAUGUAUUACUUGCAUGGGGACUCUUGCCUUAAGGAGUGUAAACUUUAUCUGCAUUUGCUGAUUUGUAAAAUAAAAUGAAAAAUGAAAAAAAAAUAAAAAUAAAUAAAAUGAAGAUGCAUGUCACUUAAAUGAAAUUCUCUAUUGUAAAUAAACUUUUUUUCCCAUUGGAAGUUGAAGA